AUGGCAUCGAAUGUUGUCCAAGAAAAUAAUGAAGAAAAUGAUAUUUCGUCACAUAAAAACCCGGAAAAAGUUUCGCAGUUGAAAUUUGAAGUAGACGCACUCACUCAAGAAAAUAGCGAACUUUUUUUGCUCCUGCAAAACGAGAGACGAAAAACAAAACUGCUACAAAGCGAGUUGGAACUCGAUAGCCAGCAAGAAAAUUCGUGGGAGAAAAGCACGAACGAAGACACCGCCAUUACGGCUGGAAAUGGCGAAACAUCGGAAACGUUUUUACAAAACGUUGUUUUAAUGCUGAAAGAAAAGUUGGAGUCGAAGGAAAGCGAAUGUGAGGAGUUGGAAGAUAAACUCUCGGUGAUGAAUCAAGAGCUCGCCUCACAAGGGGAGGAACUUGCUCGUGCUACGUUGCAAUCUGAAUACCAGAUAAAACACCUUCACCAGUUGCUGGCACAAGAACGAGACCUCAAUAGUCUUUUAAGCGACGAAAGUGAUCAAACCGUACGUGAACUGCAAACAAUAAUCCAUGAAAAAGAUGAUUUAAACACAGAACUUAAAGUUAUCAAAGAUGAAACGUCCGAACGAAUGCAAAAUAUCGAAGAAGAAUGUCAUUUUUAUCAGACCAAACUUCGCGAUACUGAAAAACAAUUAAGUAGUAUAGUUAGCGAACACGAACACAAAGUUGUUAUAGAAACGGACAGCGUUUCGUGUCAAGUUAGUGAAAGCGAGCUGCACGGGUUUCAAGAACGUGAGCACGCGUUACACGAAAGCGAUGAAUUUUAUGCAGUAUUCAUGGCUCUCUGGGGAAGUGGUGAUAUAGUUAUGAAUGGACUUGGUGUGAAUCGGUAUAAAAUGGAUAUCUUCAAAUUGAUUCGAAAUGGCUUCAGAAAGCUUAGAGAAAACGCCUUGGUUUAA